AGCAAACCAGAGAGUAGCGAGUUCAGUUCAGACGGCGCGAAACCAAGUCGGAAAUGUCGAAAUCGUCCUCGGCCCUCUACGAGCUUCUCCUCCAAUUAUCGGAGCCGAUCUCCGAGGCUCUGAGCAAAGCGCCGUACACGCCGUCACAGAGCGCCACCGUCUCCGUCAAAGCGCUACUGGAGCCUCUCCUUCCUCGGAAACCUAACCCUAACGUCGACGGAGCUCACCUCCGCGCCUCAAUCCGAGACUUCACUCUCGCCUGUGCUCUACUCUCCGCCUCGCAAUCCUCAAGCCACGAGCUUCUCUCCUGGAUCCCCAACCACCUCGCCGCCGCAGCCGAUCGGGCGUUUGCGGAGUUUUCAGGAGCAUAUUCCGAUCACGGCGAGAAAUCCGGUGACGGUUUGGUGGCGGAGUUGAUGCCUGAGGUGAUGCCUUUGCUGAAGGAGAGGAUCAAGGAGAGCUCGAUUGAUAAGACGACGGAGGGGGAUGAGGUGUCGGCGGCGUCGGCGAGAGUGCCAGUAGGGUUUGCCGUUGUGGCUGCUUAUCAGUUUAGGUGGUUUGUUACUCAGAUUGAUUAUUCGCAUUCGAGGAAGCUGUGUGCUUUGGCUGUUCCUUGUGGCUUGACGGCUCUGGAUCACUGGUCGCCGGAGAUUAAAGGGCAGGGCAUGAUAAGCUUUAUACAUAUUGUGAAAAGUGUAGAUGCUGCUGAGCUAGCUUGGUGUCAAGAUGCAAUUCUUGAUGCGUGCUGCCAUAAUAUUGCUUCUAGUGAUGAGAUAUGGCAUCUUGUGGUGGAGAUGUCAGUACUUGUGGUGACGCGUACCCAGCAGAGUAAUCCUCGUAGUGUGUGGUUUGAUAAAAUUUUAAAUGAGAUGUUAACUCACCUGGAGCGUCAGCCUAGGAACAAGGAGCGCCGUGUUGCAUGGCUUCGGUAUGUAGAGCCACUCUUUAAUGGUGUUGGUCUGGUGUUACUAGCGAAUUUCAGGCGAAUUUUCCCUCUUUUCUUUAAGUGGAUGCAUGCUGAUGAUGAUGACACUGUUUUACUGGUUCUCAAACAGAUUGAAACAGUUAUAAAGCUAACAUGGAUUAGGAAUACACCAUAUGUGGAAAGGUUGGUGGAUGAACUUGCAACGUUGCACAAGGAGGCAGCAUUGAAAAGGUCUCGUGAAGAAAUUAGAAAUCCUGUCAGUCGUAUACUGAUCCUGCUCCAUCAAUGCAAAGGUCUGCAAUUUGAAGCAGCCUGGGGCAAGCAUAGAGAUGAUCCGAACUUGGCAACAAUUGCUCCAUCUUUAAGUGAAAGAAGAUCAGCAAUGGUUUUCCAGUGAUGCCGGGUCUUUAGUCUUUUGUACAGAACAAGAUGAUAUGCAGAUGGGCGUGCCAUUAUGAAUUUUACUGAUUUUAGCUUUAUGAUUCAUUUAUUCCGAGAACACACGUAGUUAGAUAUGGCUAAGAUGAGUAAGAUCCUCACCUACCUUGAGAUCGUAUGCACUUUGUUCAUCUCUCCCUUAAUCUCCAUAUACUGUAGAAUGGAUCAUCUUCAUCGUUCACAUAAUAGAAGUAUUUAGUCUUGGCACAA